AAUACCGUUGGGCCCGCCGGCAUACCCCUUCUUCCACACGCAAAAUGGACUCGACGGAUCCCUUCAAUUUUCCCGCAAAUUGGAUGAUUCGCAGCCAGCGCAUAUCUCUUCUCGUGUCUAUUUCCGACUCCAAAGCUCUGGAAACUCUCAAAGCAACUCUCGCGUCAUUUAGGGUUUCGGAAAUUUCUUAUUUCAUCCGAGUGUCAAUCUUUUAUUUAAGAUUUGAUUGGGAUUUCGAUCAUAUUCUUGCUACGCGUUUCGGAUUCUCCCUUUAAUCCCAGCUGUUGUGUCUCUAAAGGUGCUGUAUUCAAUAUGUCCGUUUAACUUUAUCACACCUCAAGCAUUCAAUGGAUGCCCACUACGGCACUACAUACCACCAUUUUUGGCAAUAAAGUUUGUUGCGAUUACUGAUAGAAAAUUGCAUAAAGAUGAUAUUAUCUGCACUCUUGACUUCUGCUGGAAUCAACACGGCAGUGUGUGUGGUGUGUUUCUGUUUGUAUUCAGUUUUAAGGAAACAACAAAGCCUCUUUAACGUGUACUUUGGUGAACGGAUUGCUCAUACACAAUCAAAACAUUAUGAUCCUUCUUGUGGCUUUGAACGAUUUGUUCCUUCUCCUAGUUGGAUAGUUAGGGCAUGGGAGACAUCUGAUGCUGAAAUAUCUUCUAUUGGGGGCUUGGAUGCUCUGGUCUUUGUACGAACAAUUGUUUUCAGUCUCCGAAUAUUCUCCAUUGCUGCUAUUAUGUGCCUUUUUGUUGUGCUACCGCUUAACUACUAUGGGCAAGAAGGGCAGCAUGCACGGUUUCAUUCAGAGACAUUGGAGCAUUUUACUAUUGAAAAUGUCAAGGAAAAGUCAGAAUGGCUUUGGGCACACUGUCUGGCAUUAUAUGUCAUAACCUGCUGUGCCUGUCUUCUUCUUUACUUUGAGUUCAAAAACAUCGCGACAAUGAGGUUGACAUACAUUGCUUCUUCUGUCUCCAACCCAAGUUAUUUCACAAUUCUUGUUCGCGGUGUUCCACAUUCUCAAGAUGAAUCCUAUAGUUCCUAUGUGACCAAGUUCUUUACAAAUUACUAUGCAUCAAGUUAUUUAUCUCACCAAAUUUUGUACCGGUCUGGUGCUGUUAAAAAGAUGUUGACUGAUGCAGAACAAUUGUACAAGUUGUUGAAAUCAUCAGCUAAAGAUCAACAAUGUGACUCAAGUUUAUUUAGAUGUUGCUUUUGUGGUACAUCAUCUUCUUUCAAUAUGCUAUCUACUGAUCCUGAAAUUCAAAAAGGAACAAGUGAUUUUGGUGGAUCAGAUUUGAGGAAUAAGGUCAUAGAUAUGCUUGUGAUUUGUAGUUAUUACUGAUAAUUUUUAUGUGUAGAAUGCAAAAACUUUCAUGCACUCUAGGUUUAGUUUUUAUUUGUCACCUCUCUCUUCCUCGUUUCAUUUGGACUUCGAUUGGAAUCUAUCUUUCAUCACUACAAAAACCACUAAUUCAAGUAUUGCAUGUGAAGUAAUCACCAUCAAAGCUCCACUCCUGUGGGUUUCUUUCUUCAUUGGUGUUUUAAUAUUGCAUACCGGCUUUUCGAAUUGCUUCCCUCCACACAGUUUGAGCUGCAGGGUCAAAGAUUUUCAUUUUAGAUAAUAGCUUAGUUAGAUAGGAAAUUAGGAAUUACUUCGUAUAGAAUAGUUGUAUAUUUAGUUUCUCCCUCUAUCAAAUAAUUUUUGUUAAAAUUUUGACACACUGUUGGGUUAUGGAACCCGGGGGCCUAGGAGACUAGGUGAAAGAGUAUCAAACGAGAGUCGAGAAUGCUCAAGUUAGGAAUCAAGUGAGAUAACGAAUAUUAGUUCCAAGAGAACGUGUCUUUUCCCCUCUUCGAAGAGGGGCUUAUAUACAGAUUACAAACGGGCCUUCCCGACCGUUGGUCCAUAAUCCAACGGGCUGGGCCCACAAUGAUCCGGUCGUUCGACCGGCAGCGCCAACCGUAUGAUUAUCCCUAGAGUGGCUAUACAAGAUAGGUUACAAAUAGGGUGGCUACAACUAAUCUGACGGAGGCGUGGCAGGAGUCCAAUCGCGGGCCCCAUGAUUUGACCAGU